UUUGAAUAAAAGUAAGUUUAGCACCUGCUGCUGUUCAGUCAGUCUGAACACUGUCAGCUCAUCACUGGUAGAACUAGAUUUCAUCCGUUCAUUAAUGUAAAACCUUUAUUUAUUCAUUUAUUUAUUUAUUUGUCUUCAGAUGUAGUUAUUAUUGUUUUUAGAUAAUUGAAAACUUAAUAUUUUAAGUGACUCCUUUAUGAAUACAUAUCUUUUUCACAGGUCUUUAUUCAUUUCAUUUAUUUAUUUAUUUAUUUAUUUUUGAAGAAUGAGGCCUACAAGUGUGACGUUCACCAUCGGGUUGAUUUUUGGAUAUUUGUCUCUUCGCUUGCUGCUGACCUCCAUGUUUUCAGUAGAGCUGGUCUCAGACUCAGUGACGUAUGAAAAGAAUCGACUUCGUGCCUACAAAGUACACACAGAGGCCAGUCAGAAGAACAACUCUGCAGUGAAUCCCCCUAACUCCACACGGAUCUUGUGUUGGAUUAUGACGGGACCCAGGAACCUGGAAUCACGGACCAAACAUGUCAAGCAAACAUGGGGCAAGCAUUGCCACCACAUUCUGUACAUGAGUUCAGUGAAGACAGACUUCCCAACUGUGGAGCUGAACGUGAGUGAAGGGAGGGAAAACCUGUAUUGGAAGACCAUCAGAGCACUCCAGUACAUCCACCAGCACCAUCAGGACAAAGCCAACUGGUUCCUGAAAGCAGAUGAUGAUACGUUUGUGGUCAUAGAGAACCUGCAGUACAUCUUAUCCAAGCUUGACCCAGAAAAACCUUUGUACCUUGGUCGAAGGUUUAAGCCUUUCAUCAGCCAAGGAUACAUGAGUGGAGGAGCAGGUUACGUCCUGAGCAAAGAAGCACUGAAGAGAUUUGUCAAAGGGUUUCAAACAGGACAGUGUACUCAUUUCUCCACAAUAGAAGACAUGGCUCUGGGGAAAUGUAUGGAGACGAUGAAGGUGGAGCCAGUGGACACCAGGGACGUGAAGGGCAGGCAAACAUUCCACGCUUUUCCUCUAGACCAUUACAUCAUACGACAACUACCAAGACCUCGGCCGUGGUAUAUGAUCUACGACUACUAUGUUCCAAAUGAGGGUCCAAACUGCUGCUCAGAUUUUAUUGUUUCUUUUCACUACAUUUACCCUGUUCAGCAGUAUGUGCUGGAGUAUUUUACCUACCAUCUGCGACCCUAUGGAUACUUACAUAGAUUCAGGCCUGAAGAAAUUGUGGAAGAGAACAACAAAACUAACAAAGGAGGAUGAGAAGAUGAGUGGAAUGGGAAAAGAUCAAGAAGUGGGGUGAAGUGGAUGAGUGAGGAGGAAAGGGCUUGUGCUUGGGGAUGUGGAUCAUUAUGAAAAGGGUCCAGAUCCCUCUUCAUGUGAAGUCACUGGAAUGACACAGAAGAAGAGAUAGGGAGGACAGAGAAGACAGCAAAGGAUAGAUAAGAAGAAAGAAGGCGAGAACGAGAGCAAAGAGGUUUUUGCCCAGGUGUGGCUACCAUCUGGACAUUUUUCUGAGCCUGAGAUAACACUUAACGUCAUUUAGUCAAACAUUAGUGGAGGAAUAAUUAGACUUCCAACACACCCUUCUGGUAAACUACAGCAAUGUUUCCUAGCUUCCAGAAAAGGCAGGGAAGCAGAUCAUGCCACCUGGACUCUCAGUCCUUAACUGUCGAGUCUCAUUGUGUUUGUCUAAAAGCCGUAACAACAAAAACAUCCUGGACGUAAUUCUAAAGCAAACAUCCCUUUUGAUCCUGGUAUCUUUAUGCUUCACUUAUGAUCAAAGAACUCUGCUAUAUAUUCUUCUAAUAUCCAGGGAGACGAUCACUGUCACCUGAAGUCCGACCUACCAAAUACAGAUCCAAGGAUACAGAAAAUUUAACACAUAAUGGGAAAAUUAAACUUCUCAACUACAACAGAAAGAUCAGAACUAUGAAGGGCAGUGCAAACCUAUUGUGACUUCUCUUAACGGAGGUGCAUUGUUUUUUACUUUUACUCUUAUCGGUUCCCUGUCUUAUGUAAAUUGUCUCCAUUUUCAUCUGCCAUAAAGUAAAACAACAUAAAAAAAAUAUAGGAGCACAGCUUUGAAAACAGAUAAAUAACCUAAUGCAUGUGUUUCUGUUUGGUAUGCAGUUUGACUUCUGAAACCCUGAGAGGGUAAACAACGAGAUUAUAUUAUUAAUUCAAUAACAAUGAGACCAUUUAUGGAACUGAACUUCAGUCAUUAUACAGUUAUUCUUUCUGUUGUAUCAAAUUCCCAUGAAAUGAUUCCAGUUUUCCUGUUGACUCACUGAAACCAGAAAUUUACUGUACAAACGUGCUGGAUGUUUGUACUGGAAAUGUCUGAACAUAGCACAUAAGAAAUGAAUAGAUUUCAUUUCCUACUGUCUGACAAUAAAGUAGACUAACAUUUUUCUGUUUUAGGCCAGUUAAAAUGACCAAAGUUUGCUAAAAUCCAAGGUGGGAGACAGAUUGUUUUUAUUUAUAGAUUUCAUUUUCAACUUUCUGUACUUCUUUAGGUUUUCGUUUCUGAUAUUGAAUUCCCUAAGUUAUUCUUAUAGUUUCCUUAAAACUGUAUGACAUCAGUCAAACAUUUCAUCAAUGAGCUUCUCACAAUGGUUUGCUGGGAUUUUGGCCCAUUCCUACUGGCAGAACCGGUGGCAUCGGGUCAGGUUUGUUGGCUUCCAUGCUCAUGCCUAACUUUUCAACUCCAGCCACUUUUUCUCUUGAACUGAGAUAAUCCUUUUGUGACCAUAUUUGUGGAAAAUUUGCAAUAAACUCAAAAUGAUGCAUUAGGAUGACAAAAUUC